AUGGUCGUUGCCGAUGUUCAUGUCCAUCACACACAGAGGUACCGGCAUCGCCCUCACCGCAGGAGUAUCGCUGUUCAGCUUGGCGGCUCUGGUUCUCCCCGGAGAUUUUGCGUCACAUUUGGAGUUGGUGAAAUCCCUUAGCCUGGGCCCGACGCUCAUAUACGCUGCAAAGUUUGCCCUGGUCUUCCCUGUCACAUAUCACUCGUGGAACGGCAUCAGACACUUGGCCUGGGAUUUGGGAAAAGGCUUCAAGAUCCCUCAAGUCACCCAAAGCGGUUACAUCGUCUUGGCCCUCACCCUUCUGUCAGCGGCCGGCAUUGCCGCCAUGUAAUUGGGACCCUUUGCUAUAACAGGACUCCACCCAUCGAUACUUCAUCUUCAAAGAGAGGAAGGCUCCACAGUCUUCCCCGGAAACCUCCAGUACAGAUCUCCCCCUUUCCUCCGAUGUUGACUCCAUUUCAAAAUCUUUCUGGUCAAAUGAAUUUACCAAAGUGUUCAUAGAAUGUAAGCUGCGCCAGGGUCAGCGUCUUAAAUCCCCCUCCCCCUCCACAUGCUGGUCACAGAUGCUAGAAAUAGCCCUUCAGAACCAAUCAAGAGCACCUGUCUUGUAGAUGUGGGAAAGGUAGCUGAGCUGAACCUUACAGCCUCCUAAUUCACUAUAGUAGGAAGGCACCGGGUGCGUCAAGUCAUUAAGUCUAGGCUUGUUGUGGGCUCAUGGUCACCUUUUCUGAUACAUUAUCAAAUGCCCCCCUCAUUGGCAUCUCU